UUUCUAUUUCUUUUAUCCUCUCCGCGCAUCUCUCUUUCUUCUCCUUCCUCUCAAUCCUCCCCUCUCUCUUCUAUUCUCUCUAUUUCUCCAACUUUCUUUACAUACCCCACAUUUUCAAGGUGCCUCUCUACCUCAACCUUCACUGUCAAGGCUAGUGCCGCAAAGAAGAAGGUCCAUAUAGUUAACACAAACAGCGGUGGUCAUGUAGUUAUUGGGUUCUAUUGUGCGAAAGAGCUUCUGGGUUUUGGCCAUAAGGUUACUAUCAUGACGGUUGGUGAUCAGAAUUCUGACAAAAUGAAAAGGCCGCCAUUCACCAAAUUCACAGAAAUUGUGAGUGCGGGAUGGCGGACGGUGUGGGGAGACCCAGCAGAAGUUGGAAAAGCUGUGGAAGGAGCAACCUUUGAUGUGGUGUUAGAUAGCAAUGGUAAGGACCUUGAUGCUGUGAGGCCUGUAGCGGACUGGUCCAAGAACAAAAUUGACGAUGUUUUAGACUUGUCCUCUAUGCUUGCAACAGCUGUUGAGAAUCUAGAAGCUGUAAGUAACAAAAUAUUCAAUUGCGCUAAAUUGCUGAUAAUGUCCGCCUGA